UUAUAUAUUUCCACUUUCUAUUAUUUGAUUGGUCUUUUCUAUUGCUUGCCUUAUAACUCAAAACCAGCUUGAAAAAUUUGGAGAGAUUUUGGUCAGAUCUUGCUUUGUGGGUUGUGGAUUUUCUUGGGUUUUUAUUCAUUCCUAAGGCAAACCAUAGAAAGAAAAUAAACCCAACUUUUGUCCAUUUUUCCUUUCCUCUGUACUCUCUGUUUUGUGUUGAAAAAGAGUUUGAGAAAUGGGAAUGGCAGCUGCAGAUCUACAGUUUCAUGUUUUAGCUGUUGAUGAUAGCUUGAUAGAUAGGAAGCUUAUUGAAAGGCUCUUUAGAAUCUCUUCUUGCCAAGUCACCACUGUAGAUUCUGGAAGUAAAGCUUUGGAAUUUCUUGGUUUACAAGACCAAAAUCAGCCUUGUGUUUCUCCUAGCAACCAACAGGAAGUGGAAGUUAAUCUUAUUAUCACAGAUUAUUGUAUGCCUGGGAUGACAGGCUAUGAUUUGCUAAAGAAAAUUAAGGAAUCUUCAUCUCUGAGAAAUAUACCUGUAGUCAUUAUGUCAUCUGAAAAUGUUCCUUCAAGAAUUAGUAGAUGCUUAGAAGAAGGGGCAGAAGAAUUUUUCCUGAAGCCAGUGAGAUUAUCAGAUGUUAAUAAGCUUAGACCCCAUAUGAUGAAAACCAAAUGUAAAAGCCUGUCCCAACAAGAAGCUGAGAAAAUGGUCACAGAACCAAAACAAGAAUCAAUUGAAAUUGCAAAUGUUCCAUCACAAGCACCACAAACACAAUCAGAGACAGUACAACAGCAGCAAAAAUCACAAGCCAAUAAUAAUAAUAAUAAUAACAACAAGAGAAAGGCCAUGGAAGAAAAUCUAUCACCAGAUAGAACAAGACAAAGAUACAGUAGCCUCACUGCAGUCUAAUCAGGAUUGUCAGCUCGUGUCAUAAGGUGUUGGGUUAAGUCCCUCAACGAGUGCAACCCUCGUGUUUAGUUGCCAUCGUUGAGUUUGGAACCCUGAAAAGACUGCCGGUGAUAUGCCGGACGAAGUUGAGGAUGACGUCAUCAUGCUCCUUAUGCCUUGGGCCCUGCCUCAAUUUUUUUGACGGCCCAUCUUUGUCUCAGUAGAGUCUUUCAGUGGCACGUCUCAGUCCUCUUCCCUUAGCCUCACUGCAGUCUAAUCAGGAGUGCAAAUAUGUUAACUUUUUUUUUUCUUUCCCAAUUUGGAAAUUACUUCAGAUAACCCCUUUUUAUUUCCUUUCUUCACUUUUUUUUAGUUAACAGAGUUAGGAUAAUACUAGAUGAAUCCAGUGUAGAAAAUGUAGAGGAGUGAGAGAAAAUGAUCCAUCUUAAAAUGACCUCAAUGUAAAUUUUACAUCGGAAAAGUUUUCAUA